CAUUUUUCAACCACGAUGAGAUCUCAUCGAGCCGGCGAGCAGGUAGUAUAUAUCACACCAUCGUCUUCAAAUCUAGGGUUCCUCCUCGGACGCGGCCGGCGGCUUAGGGUUUUAAUCUGUGUUCGUUCUCAAGUGGCAGGUUAGUAGGAGCGAGUGGGAGACCGGCGAUGGCGCCGUCGCAACCCAAGUCUGGGCUCUUCGUGGGCAUCAACAAGGGCCAUGUCGUUACCAAGCGCGAGCUUCCACCACGCCCGUCCGACCGCAAGGGGAAAAGUACCAAGAGGGUGCUGUUUGUCAGGAACUUGAUUAGGGAGGUUGCUGGAUUUGCUCCCUAUGAGAAACGUAUUACUGAGCUUCUUAAGGUUGGGAAGGACAAGCGUGCACUCAAGGUUGCCAAGAGAAAGCUUGGCACUCACAAGAGAGCAAAGAAGAAGAGAGAGGAGAUGUCUAAUGUCCUUCGGAAGAUGAGGUCUGGUGGUGUUGCUGACAAGAAGAAAUAGAUUAUCCCAAAUGUUGUAUUUCCAGUUCGUAUCUAUAGAAAUUUCUAGCAUAUGGCAAUUGUAUUGGCCCGUAGUCCAUUGUGCUACCAGUUCCGAGUAAAACUAUGAAAUUUUGGUGCUAUCUUCACAAUGUGGUUUCUAUGUUUAGCAGCCUACCUUUUAACCUUUUUAUUACAAAAUAUCUAGUGUAUUUUUCUUCCUUCUAUGAGAUUUUGUACGAGAUAUGUAUGUUGUUUCAAGAAUCGUAUUCCUCUAGGCAA